AUGGUGAUUACUGCUGGUUUCGUCAACAAUCCUUGUUCGUGUUUCUCAAGUGCUCUCUGUAUAACAAUUAAUUGGAUCGACGUGACUAGUGGCAUUCUCGGUGUUUUUGGACUUGGAUGCAGAGCGAAGUUACCAAUACUUAAGGGUCUUCUUGCCUGUUCUAUAUUAAUGUUUCUCUCAAGCAUUGCCUACAUCAUUGCAUAUAUUGCUAUCAGUAUUUGGCUGUGCAUGAAAGCAAGAUCAAACAUUGUACACGUAGAAGCAGCUUACCAAAAUAAUGUAGACUCGGUCAGAAUAAGACAACAACAACCGGACAGUCUAACCCGUGGUUAUGAAUAUACAGGUCGACCAGAAAAUCAUGGUCCUAGGUCGAAUCUUGAUCAUCAUUUGUCACCAUCGAAAUCGGCACCUCGUCUGGAACAAGAUCCAUAUGAUGAGCCCUACGCUCAACAUAGUGCGCCUUAUCCAGUGGUACCACCACGAGCACGAUCGGUAAACGACAUUCUUCCUUCUGCUGUUCCUGCUGUAUUGGGUGGAUUACAAGUUGUACUCUGGCUUGCUAUAAUAGGUCUUGAAGCAGGAGGUCUAUCGUACGAUCCAUGGCGCGGUACUGCCUAUGCAGGGUUCUGGUGUGCUGUUAUAUAC